CAUUAUUGCUUGUAUCAUAUCCAAGCGAAUGGAUCUUGGACAAUCUCAAUAUUUUGUAUAGUAAGUUUAGUAACUUAGUUUAUUUAUUUUUGUAGUUGAUACUUGGUGGACUAAUUCGAUCAAUAAUGGAGAAAGCAAUACGAGCGUUUCAAUUUCUGUUCAAUAUAUUGAACCAUAUUUGCAUAGUUGUUGUGACUAUAUACGUGACAUGGCACUGCUUUCUGAUGAAUCUAUCGGACAAAUUCAUUGUACAGUACGAUAUGCACGUUUGGCUCUGUACACUUGGUUAUCAACUCAUGAUGGCCGAAGCGAUUUUGACGCUGUACUCAAGCAAUUGCUGGUCAUUCUUCUAUGCACCAAAAACAAAGCGUACAUUGCAUUGGCUCAUCCAGGUGAUUGGUUCCUUGAUGGCAAUUGUCGGCACCACCGUUUUUUAUUCAACACGACAAUUUCACUUCCAAACUACUCACUCCAUCACCGGUCUCAUUUCGCUGAUAUUCGCUGUCGUUGGCUGUAUUAAUGGAAUCGCAGCAAUUAAUACGCAAAAAGUUUAUAAAAAAUACCGCAUCCGACCCGUAGUCUCGAAAAUGUUCCACAAAUUCAUUGGCAUUGCAUCAUUUGUCUUAGGAAUGAUGAGCCUGUUCUAUGGCUGAAAUACCGUUACUUCAGGGCUGACCGCGAACUACCAGAUACUAAAAUCGAUUCCUUACCAUGGCUGAAGGGUUCGGUGAUUUUCACAACGAUUCUCUCGCUGAUUGGCCCAUUCAUAGCAUUCUAUGGACAAACUAGAGCAACAUUUGUAAUUUAAUAUUUGAAAAG